AGCAACCAGACACCUUGCAGACAAAGCUAUCAGAGAUCUUCAGUCGGCUGCCGCCCACAUGCCCGCCCUCAUCUUCCGCGCCCACCUCUGUGUCGUCUGCAUCAGCCGUGAUGUCGUGUGACGGCGUGCCCGGUCUAGCCUCUCCUGUCUCCUCCGUCUACGAGCUGCCAUACCCAGACAUCUUCAUCUACUAAGCAAAACUUCCAGUCAUUGUGUCGCCCUGUUUCCUUCAUGAUUCUCUGGCUCUCUUUAUGGGCUUCAUAGUGUCUGGGGGAGGCUGAUUAUUUACGGAGGAUUCAGUUUCUUUCAUUUUGGUCGUCCAGGUCGUAUGAGAAAAAGAUAUGCAUCAUUUCUGCCAGCCUGACCUUUGGGUGUGGUGUAAGCAGACGGUGUGGUAGUUCUCUGCCCUCCUGGUGAUGGGCUCGGCACAGAAGCGGACGGAAGGAGGGGACCAUCUAUCGUGGUGGAGUGCACGGGGAAAACUUCUCUUUUGGACAUUGAUCUUCGCAGUUCUCUUCUUUGUUUGAUCCUUCUUGAGGACCGUUGUUGCCAAUAUUAUUUUUUCCAUAAUUUUUACCUUUUCAUUUUAUUUUUGAUUUAUAUAUUUUGCAAUUCAAUUUUGAUAAUAAACACAUUUUUUUGUUACAACUUUAUUGUAUUAAAGUAUUCUCUUUGUCCUGGGAUACUUUGUAGUUCCUAUAUUAAUUGCUACAGGUAUAAUGCUCAGUGUCAAUUAUUUGUAUUCUUAUUCUGUGUAUAUUUGUUUUAGGUUUGGUUAUCAUCUCAUUAUCUUUCUACAUUUGAUUGCUAAGCUGUCUUGACUUUUGUUCAGACAUUGCUUUUAGAAGAAGCAAGAAGUCUGCCAAAGAUUUUUUUCCUGUCUCAUUUAAAAUGCUUUUUAUUCCCACUAGUCAGUCCAUGAUUUCCCUGUUACAUUAAAAAGUGUGAAGAAGAGAAUAAGGAUAAUACAGAAGAAAAUAGGAGGGAUGAAGCGAGAUAAACAUCUAGAUUUCUCCCUGUGUCGGAUGAGACUUUGAACGACUUGAAAAAAAUACUUGAGGUGCUGUAGAAAUAUGAGAGAGAGGGAAAGAGUGAGUGAAUGAGUGAGUGAGUGAAAGCUUCUUGACACGGUGAUCCCCUUCCUCUUUUAGGUGCAAGGAUCAAGGGGGAAAGGGAAGCAGUGUACACUAAUUCCCCCAAAUAGCAGGAAAAGAAGCUUGGCUCGUGCUGGAGAUUCUUAUCCUUUACCGUUAAUUUUUUUUUUCCCCCUUUAUUAGAUGUGUUUACGCUUAUAAUUUAUAUGUGAUUUUCUCUCCAGUGCUAUUUUGUUCCUUGGACGGAAACCUUGGGAUCUGUCCUGCUGCUUUGUUUCGGGGCCUUUGCUUGAGGUUUUGAGGGCUCUUGCUCAUAUAUAGGGAUGCAUUUAUGCACUUGUGCACACACAGUGCACAUGUGCACACAGACACACACACACACACACACACACACACACACACACACACACACACACACACA